AUGAGUUUUUUCAUGAUUGCAAUGGAGUACGUCGUCGACAAGGAGAACACGUUUACUUACCCUGUACUACUAACAGCCCACGUGAUGCCUCUUCUUAAAGGUCGUUUCAAAGACGACGCCACUUCUUCCUUCGAGUUGAUUCAUGGAAUCAAGGACAACAUUCAAAUCUCAAUCGACAAAGAUCGCCUUCAGCUCAAAUACCCCAGAAGGAUGCGCCAAUUGCGGAAAUUACAGAAAACCCGGUUCUCCUGCUUUAUCAGUUUGCGGAGCGUGUCAAGGUCUACGCUAUUGUGCCAAGAAGUUCGACACACAAUCGCUAAUCAACCCAAUGGCCCCGCUAUAGAAACACUCCUAAGAAACAUCGAAGACUUCGUCCGCCUCCAUACACCCGUGUUCAGGCAAAUCCUAGCCACUGCCAUUAGCCACUCUCCAUCUUUCGACUUUCGUGAAAAGUUUGCGCUAGUCCUUUUGGGAAAGUCUGACUUGGCAAAAUCCGACAGGGGAAACCCGGCCAGAGCGUUUUUUGUCGAGUCUGCAGACUUUGUAGAUAUGCCUAUUCCGGGCGAUCACGAAUCCUACGGAAGACAACUGACAGCAAUGCGCCCUGCUGCGGAACGUUUCGAAGAAAAAGAACGUGGAGCAGAGGGAUACCUUGGGCUCCUCAUGUGCCUCUGGUGUAAAGUUUCUUCUUUCCAGAUCAAGUUGAAGCGUAUCAAUGGAUUUUUCCUUUAA